UGGAGCCAGCAGUCAGGCUGACCGACCGACCGUUAUGCGAGUUGAAACAGAGCUGUUUCAAGCCUAACCUAACCUAACCUAACCUUUUUAACCUAAUAAUCUUUGGUGGUUGCACGUGCAUAGGACGUACGUUUUGAAAAAAUGGCAAAAUCGUUGCGAAGCAAAUGGAAAAGGAAAUGCCGAGCAGUGAAGAGAGAACGUUACGCGGCGAAGGAAUUGGAUAGAUUGAAAAAAACUCUCGGCAUCGACGACAAAGCCCCUAAAGAUGUGGAAAUGGCUAACCUCGAGGAGAUUGCCACAGUUGUGGAUGCAAAGCAAGUAAGAAAAGAUAUCGAGGUUAAGCAGAGCGCUACAACCACUGAUGGGAAUUACAUGGAAGUAGAAAAUGUCAGAGUGUAUAAUAAGAAGACAUUGCGCGAUCAGUACGGCAAUUAUCCCGUAUGGAUGAACCUCAGGAAGAUAAACAAGCACAAAAAAGGCAGGGCAAAAACACAAAAGGCUAACACGAAAGUAAACAAAAGAAUCACUAGACGUCAAAAGAGAGCGAUAAAGGACAGGAAAGCGGAAAAGGACUAGAUAAACUAAACUAGAUGACAAUCUUUAAGAUAAAACAGAUGUGCAACCUGGUGCCAAAGGAAAGAGAAACAAACAGGACAUUCCGCAAUGUUCAGGAUAUCCCAAAACAUUCAAGAACGGCACUCAGGUCAAGCCGAAAAGAGCAGAUCUAAGAUCAUAAAAUCUUUUCCACAAAUUGUAGAAUUAGCUUAUAUUUUACUUAUCAACACUGUUAAAUAUAACGAAAGCUAUUCUGUUUUAAUAGAUAAGUAACGAUGA